CUGCACGGGAGAGACGCAUGUGGGCUCAGGGCAUUCACUUGCACACACUGCUAUAUCUCGUACCAUUCCCAGGUUCCUGAGAAGAAAAAGUCCCCCUUUCUGUUGGGAGAGGAAAUCUAAAGGAAAACCAGGGUGAAGUCAGGUCCCUCACACCGUUACUUCAAAACAUGAAUGGACCAGUGGAUGGCUUGUGUGACCACACGCUGAGUGACGAUGGAGAUUUCAUGUUCACCUCAGAAUCUGUAGGGGAAGGGCAUCCCGAUAAGAUCUGUGAUCAAGUCAGCGAUGCUGUGCUAGAUGCCCACCUCAAGCAAGACCCUAAUGCAAAGGUUGCUUGUGAAACGGUAUGCAAAACUGGAAUGGUGCUACUGUGUGGGGAGAUCACUUCAAUCGCUAUGGUGGAUUAUCAGCAGGUGGUUCGAGACACCAUUAAGCACAUAGGAUAUGACGACUCCUGCAAAGGCUUCGACUUCAAGACCUGCAACGUGUUAGUGGCACUGGAGCAGCAGUCCCCAGAUAUUGCCCAAGGGGUUUACCUGUACAGAAACGAGGAGGAUGUUGGUGCUGGGGAUCAGGGUUUGAUGUUCGGCUACGCCACGGAUGAGACGGAGGAAUGCAUGCCCCUCACGAUCAUUCUCGCUCACAAGCUCAAUGCCCGGCUGGCCGAACUGAGACGCUCUGGGGUCCUUCCCUGGCUGAGGCCUGAUUCCAAAACUCAGGUGACUGUUCAGUAUUCACAAGAUAAUGGAGCGGUCAUUCCCGUGCGGGUCCACACGAUUGUGGUCUCAGUGCAGCACAACGAAGACAUUACUCUUGAGGAAAUGCGCAAAGCCUUGAAGGAACAUGUGAUCCAAGCUGUUGUCCCUUCCAAAUACUUGGACAAUAACACCAUUUAUCACUUGCAGCCUAGUGGACGAUUUGUCAUCGGAGGGCCACAGGGUGAUGCUGGGGUCACUGGCCGGAAGAUCAUCGUGGACACAUAUGGAGGCUGGGGAGCCCAUGGGGGAGGUGCUUUUUCAGGGAAGGACUACACCAAAGUGGACCGUUCUGCUGCUUAUGCAGCCCGCUGGGUGGCUAAAUCCUUGGUGAAAGGAGGGCUGUGUCGCCGAGUUCUGGUUCAAGUUUCUUACGCCAUCGGUGUGGCUCAUCCCCUAUCCAUUUCCCUGUUCACCUACGGAACCUCCAAAAAGACAGAGAAAGAGCUGCUGGAUGUGGUGCACAAGAACUUUGACCUUCGUCCUGGGGUUAUUGUCAGGGAUUUGGAUUUAAAGAAACCCAUUUACCAGAAGACAGCAUGCUACGGCCACUUUGGAAGGGAUGAAUUCCCGUGGGAAAUUCCCAAGGAACUCGUCUUAUAACACCGGAAGGAGCCAGGCUUCGGGAAUCUCCCGAGCCUCCGGUUGGCUGCUUUUUAUCAAGCUCUUGGGAUUUCAGAAUAUGCACAGAGGGAUGACCCAAUUCUCUUCAUAGGAACUGGUUCACUUUCCAAUGCAACGCCCUGCUUCCCCAUCAAAGCCGUGCCGAGCUGA